AUGGAGAAGACAUCCGUCGAGCCCGAGGUGCAUACGCACACUGGAAUGGAACAAACCGAUGUCAAGGUCGUCAAGGGUAAUGAGGCCUUCGCAGAGGCCAUGAUCAAGGAGCCACCAAAUGCUUGGACCAAGGCCCAGAUCAUGAUCUACCUCUUCUCCAUCAUCGGCUUUUUCUGCUCGACCAUGAACGGCUACGAUGGUUCCCUUAUCAACAACUUGCUCCAGAACCAAUGGUUCAAAGAAUAUUACAACGUCGAAAGCUCCGGUCUGUGGGCCGGUCUCGUCUCUUCCAUGUACCAGAUCGGUGGUGUCGUCGCUCUCCCCUUCGUCGGACCUGCCAUCGAUACCUGGGGUCGCCGUGUCGGUAUGGCCAUUGGUGCUCUUACCAUUAUUGUUGGUACCGUCAUCCAGGGAACCUCCCACAACGCCGAAUCCUUUAUGGGCGGUCGAUUCCUGCUCGGUUUUGGCGUGUCCAUCGCCGCCGCUGCCGGCCCAAUGUACGUCAUCGAGAUAAACCACCCUGCGUUUCGGGGUAUGGUCGGUGCUAUGUACAACACCUUGUGGUUUAGUGGUGCCAUCAUUGCGUCUGGUGCUGCUCGUGGUGGUCUGAACACUGGUGGCAACUACUCCUGGCGUCUAAUCACCUGGCUUCAGGCUCUUUUCUCCGGUUUGAUCCUCCUGUUCGUCUUCCUGCUUCCCGAGUCGCCACGAUGGCUGUAUGUCAACCACAAGAAGGAGGCAGCCAAGGCCAUGCUCACCAGAUGGCACGGCAACGGCAACGACGAGAGUGCCUGGGUGAAGUUGCAGAUGCACGAGUACGAGGAACUCCUUAACAUGGAUGGUGCCGACAAGCGAUGGUGGGACUACCGCGCCCUGUUCCGCAACCGAUCCUCCGUCUACCGUUUGUGCUGUAACAUGGCUGUCACCAUCUUCGGUCAGUGGGCCGGAAACGCUGUCUUGUCCUACUUCCUCGCCGCCGUGCUUGAGUCUGCUGGUUACACCAACGGCAUUGAGCAGGCCAACAUCACCCUCAUCAACUCGUGCCAGCAGUUCCUGUUUGCCAUUCUGGGUGCCUUGGUUGUUGACAAAGUCGGUCGCCGUCCUCUUCUGAUCUUCUCCUUCACUGGUUGUACCGUAGUCUGGCUCGCUAUGACCAUCGCUUCCGCCGAGUUCGCCAAGUCGGGUGGUGGUUUGGACGCGGACGGUAACGCCCUUCAAGGUUCCAACCACGCCGCCUCCCAGGCCGCCCUUGCCAUGAUAUUCAUCUUCGGUUCCAUCUACUCCAUCGGUAUUACACCCCUUCAGGCUCUCUACCCGGUCGAGGUCUUGUCUUUCGAGAUGCGUGCCAAAGGCAUGGCUUUUUCUUCGCUCGCCGUCAACGCUGCCGGUUUGCUCAACCAGUUCGCCUGGCCUGUAUCGAUGCGAAGCAUUGGAUGGCACACCUACAUCAUUUUCACAAUUCAGGACACAAUCCAAGCCUUCAUCAUCUGGAUGUACAUUCCAGAAACCAAGAACCGCACUCUCGAGGAACUCGACGAGAUCUUUGCGGCCCGAAACCCCGUCAAGACUUCUAUCCAAAAGAAGGAAAUCGGCCUCAACGCUUACGGAGAUGUCAUCAACAUCCAGGAUGUGUAA